AUGAAAUCAUCAAUUCUCUUAUCCCUUACCCUCGCUCUGGCUGGGGUGAAGGUAGAUGCGUUCAACUUGGCCGAUGUCAAGAUGACUACAUCUGGAUCCAUCGUUCCAGGUCGAUAUAUCGUCGAAUUCGACUCCAAUGCCCAUCUGACUUCCUCAGGAAUGAAAAGAGAGGCUAAUUCACCUCAUGAGGCGAUUUACGGUCAAUUGAAAGAACGAAAUACAGCUUAUACGGUCCACCAGGAAUAUUCCAAUGAUCUCUUCUUUGGUGCCAGUAUUACCUUGGAUACGGAUUCGGACUUGGCCAACCUUUUAUCGGUAGAAGGUAUAAUCGAUUUCAGACAAGUUCACUUACUCAACUUACCUGCUCAACCCGUCACUGCCCAAUCCUAUCAAUGGUCUGUUGCUACCGGACUCAGAAACUCUUCUGCUCAAGCAUACUCUUCUUCUACCUCUACAUCCGCCAAGGUGACCACUACAACCUCUUGUACGGGUAAAGGACGUAAUCAGAAAUGUACCACCUCCACCGUCACUUCCACUCCAUCCGCUACUUCAUCUUCCUCGUCUACAUCCAACAAAGGGUUUUCAGUCUUAUCUCAGAUCGGAGCCGAAUCAGUCCAUGCAUCAGGAAACAAGGGUAAAGGUGUUAAAGUGGCUAUCAUUGAUAGUGGAGUAGAUUACACCCGUGAACCCCUAGGAGGAUGUUACGGUUCAGGAUGUAAGAUAGUAGGAGGAUACGAUUUCGUUGGAGAUUCUUUCGAUGGUUCCAAUGACCCUGUACCAGACAAUGAUCCUUUCGAUAACUGUUAUUCCCAUGGAACUAUCACUGCUGGUCUCAUCGGUGCCAAUGCCAACCAAUAUGGCGUGACCGGUGUAGCGCCCGAAGCGUCUUUAUACCAGUACAGAGUAUUUGGAUGUAAUGGUGCAACGACGGAUGAUAUUGUUUUACAAGCUAUGCAGAAAGCUUACGAUGAUGGGGUGGAUGUGAUCAAUCUUAGUGUUGGUGAAACCUCCGGAUGGACCGAAAGCAUGUUAUCAGUCUUUGCUAGUCGACUGAGCGCUGCCGGUGUUGUGCUUGCCAUUUCAGCAGGUAAUCAAGGUCAAGUCGGUGCUUUCUACUCUUAUUCCCCUGGAGCCGGUUUGGGAGUCAUCAACGUCGGUUCAAGCGACAAUGCCUUUUACCCAUCACAACUUGCCACGGUAUCCACUGGCUACGGUCCAAUCCCAUACUACAAUUACAAGACUUUCACUGCCGGUACAUACCCCUUAUACGCAUUCACCACCGACCCAUCCGUCGCCGACGAUGGAUGUACGAUUCCUGACGGUACGCCCAACUUGAACGGUUACGUCACACUAGUCAGAAGAGGUGGUUGUUCUUUAGAACAAAAAGCGAAGAACAUCUACUAUCAAGGUGGACGACAGAUGUUCUUAAUAAACACUGCCAAUACUGUUCCUCUCUAUCAGAAUUUCCCAUUGGAUUUCGGAAUGAUCAGUUUGGAAGAUGGUAAUUACCUCUUAUCACAGAUCACCAACCACACCUCGACGAAUACUACCGUCACAUUCAGUUUCAACCCUUACCAAUCACCCAACACAUUUACUGGAAAUAUCACGUCGUAUUUCAGUGAGAUUGGUCCUACCAACGAUCUGUUCUUGGCCCCAUCGAUUGUAGCUCCAGGAACCAACAUGGUCGUAAUCUUACCUGCGACCAUGUCCAAUUGGUCCAUCGUCGAUGGUACUUCGUACUCUGCUCCGCUAGUAGCAGGAUCAUCAGCAUUGCACAUCGCUUCUAAAGGGAAUAACAACGUCUCCCCAGAUAAGGUGAAAAAAGCUUUACAAUCUACUGCCGAUUCACUCAAGACCUCCGUAUCGGACAGUACAAUUGCCAAUGUCGCUGUGCAAGGUGCAGGUAAACUCAAUAUCGCCCAGGCCAUCAGUCCCAAUGUGGUUGUAUCCCCUUCGGAGAUCUUGUUGAAUGAUACAAACUAUUUCGCGGGCACUCAGUACUUGACUUUGACCAAUCCUUCGAACAAGAUUGUAAAGUAUAAGUUGUCAAACGUACCUGCUGGUACCGCUUUGGCCUACAGAUCGGGCAUGAACCAAUCCAACGAUCAACCCGUUCCUCAAGUCUCGUCCCAAGCCACCGUCAAAUUCUCUCAAUCAUCCGUCACUCUGCUUCCCAAAACCACCUGGGUGGUGAUCAUGCAAUUUACAGCACCAACUGGACUCGAUGCCAAGCAAUUCCCAAUCUACUCUGGUUUCAUCCAAGUAUCAAGUGAUAAUUCCGAUAACAACGCUCAAGUACCUUAUCUGGGUGUAGCAGCGAAAAUGAGAGAUAUGCCCGUAUUGGAUCCCACAGCCGAUUACCUAGGUAUCAACUCGCCCACAAUCUUAGAUGAGAGCGGUUCAGUCCAAUCUUCAACUGGACAUUCGUAUACUUUCCAAAAUGAUUCGUACCCCACGGUAUUAUAUAGGUUAGUCGGUGGUACACCUUUAUUGUUGAUUGAUCUGGUUGGUGCCAAUUCAAGUUUGGGUUUCACACCAAAUUACAAUUCAAAGAGAUCAAACUCUCCGCUUCAACCGGAGAUCUACAAGAGGUUGGUAGAGGAGAGAAAGAUCAACUCGAUUUCAUCAUCUUUACAAUCCGAAAUCGCCAAUUGGAAAUCGACCAAGACCCAAUCGCUCAUCUCGCUCUAUUGUCAAUUAACGAAUUUCCAAGGUAAAGGAUGUUCCUCUUACCAAUCUGGAAAAUCCAAUACAUUCGCCAAAGUACCUAUUUUAGGCAACUUGUUUGAAAAUGAUUAUAUCCCAAGAUCGACUGAUAAUGUUGAUGGGCAAGGAAAUGAUUAUUCUACGUUUGCGUUGGAACAGGCCAAGUUCGCUAACGGGACUAGUAUACCUAAUGGGACUUAUAAGUUCUUGAUGAGAGCUUUACAUAUCACUGGUGAUAGAACGAAAGAAUCAGAUUAUGAAGCUUGGUUGUCGGCACCAUUCACCAUCGCUCAAUAA